AUGGGGGAACGGAUGGAGGGGGACUCCAUUGAAGCGCCAGAGCUGAGUGAGCUUGAGAAUGAAGCUCUAGCAGCCGGCCAAGCACACCACAGCGUCCGCACGGCCAUGCUGGUCUAUGGCCGGCCACAGGUUCAAUUUGGCAACCUCCCCAUCAACCAGCAGGCCGCCUACAUUGACUUCAGCCAGCGGUGGCAUUCCUAUAUCGGCAUGGGGCCUGAUUUCGACUUUUUGAGCUUUCUCUAUCAAGGAAGACCGCUGCCUCAGGCCCCCCAGGCCACAGCCAAGACCCCCCAGGGCCUAUCUACCAGCUCCUUUCCUCUCAACCAGCCCUGCCUGCGCUUCUGGUGGCAGAGAUCUGCCUCUUCACCAUCCCCUAAGAUCCCUAUUGGUCAGUUCAAUGCAUUCAUGGGCUCCACAACCCCCACAUUCACUCCAAUCGACCCCAAUGUCACUGAAGGCAUUCCCGAUGGUGACCCGCGCCUGGCCGAGCUGGAACCAGGCCAGCGACUGCGACUGCUUGCACACCAGCCAUUCCCUCAAACCCCUAGGGGCCUUCAAGCACCAGACCUCCUGCUUGGGCUCUUUCAAGAAUUCAUGGGAACGCCUCAGGCUGAAUUUCGAAGCGCAGAACAGCGUGAGUGCCUCUACCAUCUGCUGAAGCCAACCCCAUUCCUUCUCAUGGCAUUACCAACUGCUGGAGGCAAGACCACCCCUGUUUCUGCUUGCUGCAAGCCUUGCCUGGGCGCAUACUACUGUCCUGGUGGUUCCCCUUGUUUCAUUGAAGCUGAACCUGCAAUCUAA